AUGAUCAAUCAGCACCAUCAUACCCGCCAACCGCCACGCACGGGAGAGUCGUCAACCGACGAGGAUGAGGAGGUCUUGGUCCGCGUUCUGGAUCCGUCCAAGCUCGAAGAAAACAUACCCUCGUUCGAAGAUUGGAAACCUGGCAAGCAGGAGCUAGCAGUCAUGAUUACCAUGGCCAUCAUCAGUCUCAUGGUGGCGCUCGACGCCACCAUCCUCGUGUCCGUUCUGCCCACGCUGGCUGAAGACUUUGGGGGGACAUCGACGGACGCCUUCUGGGCGGGGACGUCCUAUCUCCUCACAUGCGCUGUAUGCCAGCCCUUCAUCGCCGCCUUGUCGGACAUUUUUGGGCGCAAGGAGAUGCUCUUUGUGAGCGUGCUGCUCUUCACGCUAGGCACGGCUUUGUGCGCACCCAUUGCCAAAGGCUUCGCCGUGUUCUUUGCCGGCAGAUCGGUGCAGGGGAUCGGGGGUGGUGGCAUCAUCACCAUGGGUCAGGUCAUCUUUGCGGAUAUCGUGCCGCUGAGACAGAGGCCAAAGUACUUCGCUAUUGUGCUGGGAGCAUGGGCCUUGGGGAGCGUGCUGGGACCAUUGAUUGGAGGGCUGUUUGUUGAGCAUGCGAUUUGGAGGUGGUGCUUUUAUUUGAACUUCCCCUUUUGCGCAAUGGGCCUGCUUCUUGUGCCCGCCUUUGUCAAGCUCACAACCAAGAAGACCUCUUUAGGCUCCAAGCUGUCCAGAGUCGACUGGCUCGGGGGCUUCCUCUUCAUUGGAGGACUGACCAGUUUUCUCGUCGGCAUGUCCUGGGCGGGUAUCCAGUUCGAGUGGCGCAGCGUGCAGACAAUCGUGCCCAUGACCGUUGGCGGCGUCAGUGUCCUCGCCUCCAUCAUCUGGGAGAAGUACGGCGCCCGUGAACCCUUCCUUCGCGCAUCUCUCUUCUGCUCAGGCUCCGCCAUCGCCGCCUACGGCUGUGCCCUGUUCCAGGGUCUCAUCCUGUUCUGCGCCCUCUACUAUGUGCCCUUCUACUUUACUGCCGUCCGCUUCACCUCACCCACGCAGUCCGGCCUCAACAUCUUUCCCGUCACUUGCCUGCUUCUUCCGGGAUCUAUCGUCAUCUCGCUCAUGACCUCCCGCCUGGGGCACUUCCGCUGGUCCAUCUGGAGCGGCUGGGUGCUCGCCACCAUUGGCUGUGGUCUGCUCCAUUACCUGAAGCAAGACACCAAGACCGCCGUAUGGGCUGUGAUUCUUGCCAUCUUCGGCAUCGGUCACGGCAUGCUCCUGACCAGCGUCAACGUCGGCAUCCAAGCCAUCAGCCGGGUCGAAGACGCCGGCAGCGCUGCGGCCAUGUACGCCUUUAUGCGUACGCUCGGCAUGUCGCUCGGCGUCGCUAUUGGCGGCACCGUGUUCCAGAACGUCAUGGUCAAGCGGCUCGAGCAGCUCGGGUUGCCCGUCAAGAUCGCCCACAAUUCGGAGCAGUUUGUCCAGCAGAUGCUGCUCAUGGAUCCGAACGAUCCCGUGCGGGUCGGCGCCCUCGAGGCGUACGUGGUUGGCUUCCACGGCGUCUUUUGGAUCAUCACCGGCGCCGGGGUGGCGGCGCUGAUCUGCAGUCUGUUCAUCCAGCAUCACAGCAUGGAUAAGAUCCUCGAGUCCAAGUUUGUCCUGCGCGGCGCCAAGGUACCGCCUGUCAUGUUUACUGAUGCAAGGCCGGGCCAGACGGUGACGGCGCCGGCGCCUGUCAUGGCUGUGGUGUCAAAUCCGCAUAACAAUCAUAACCACCACGGGGGUAGUACAGCCGCUGCUGCUGAUUCUCAUGCCACAGCCGUUCCCGGGCGCAACAGCGAAAGACUUCCCAGACUUUUCGGUGGCGGCGGCGGCGGCGGCGGCGGUGGUGGUGGUGGUGGUGGUGGUGGUGGUGGUUAUGUUGCUCACUUCACUGUCCCAUCAAGACUAGCUUCAACAAAGUCAACCGGUUCAGAUACAGACAGCACCAAUGGCAAAGAAGCCGUAGUGGAGGAGCAGCACGACAACAAUGACGGUACCUACGAUUGUGCGCCUUCCUCGUCCACCAGCACGGAUAUCAACAAUAGGGCUCGUGAGCAGCAGCCGCAACAGCAGCAAGCGCAGUCGCAGGAAGAUGGAGGGGAAUCCACUGAUUCGGAGGCGGCAAGAUGGGAACAGGCUGUUGCAGUGACGUACUGUAACGGGCCUGAUGGCCAGCGGUACCCGGUUUUCCUCCUUUCCGACGAUUACGCAUCCCAUCAGGCACCGGCACCGACGGCACAUGACGCUGCUGCUAUCAAUGAUACCGAAGUUGCUGCGAACAACGCCGCCGCCGGUACAAUCGGAACCACCCUCAACAGGCACCACUCGACUAUCUCUACCGCCUCGCUCUCCUCCUCGUCUUCCUCUUCCUCUUCCUCUUCCUCUUCGUCCUCCGCGGACUCUGACGGCUCUUCGGUAUCAUUCUCUUUCUCUUCGUCGUCUUCUUCUUCUUCUUCGUCAUGCAGCGCCAGCGAUAAAGACAUUGGCACCGACAACCUUGCGGAUGCGGACGUGAACAAGUCAUUUAGAAGCGACUCUUCCUCUUCCUCUUCCUCCGCCUCGGCUCUCGGACAAGUGACGGAGCUUUCUGUGCCCCGCGCGGGAAUCCUUAUGGUUCGCCAAGUCGAAGUCGUUUCUGUCCCACGCGAGGAGGUCGAGGCGGCAAGGGAGGAGGAAAGGCAUGCUGAGAUUGAUGAGAGUUCGUCGUACAAUUCUCAUUCUUCUCCUUCAGGUGGUGGUAGAGGUAAUGAGGAGGAGGAGGAGGAGGAGGAAGCUUGGCCUUUGAAGACGACGAUGACGACAACGACGAGGAGUGAACAACAAGGGGAAGGGGGAAGAAGGCAAGAGAGUGGUGGGAAGGGGGUGGGGGUGGGGUUGAUGCCGCCGACGGAUCUGGAUCUGGAUCUUGAGCAGCAACAGCAAUUGCAGGAACAGCAACAGCAACAGCAACAACAAACACAUGAACAACUACGGAAAAACUCCUUGCCAACACCUGGUGGAACCUUGUACGAAGAUGCCUUGUCGGAUGUUAGUGGUGAUGAGAUCACGGUAGGACCGGGUCCUGGUGGUGUUGGUAGGGCGAUAUGGGAGGCUUAG